AUGCCCUUCAAUUAUGAAUCCAAUGCCCUGUGCUCUGCCGAUGCAGCGCCCCUGGCAGCAGUCGCGGAGGAAGACACCUCCCUGCUGGUGGGCCCAAACGCAGCGGAGCUUGAGGAGAAUGCCAGCAAAAGGCCGAAGACGGAGGAUGCUCCCGCCACCAACAUCGCAGGCGCAGAUGCCAUUUCAGGUGCCGCGGGGGCUGCCGACCCGCCAGCGCAAGUGGCGUUGGCGUCCCGUCCUGCAGAAGAUGUGCUACGAACUGGUGCCGAAAUGGCAGCCGAUCGGGAGUCGGAUGAAGAGUCAAGGGCGGAGUCGGCGGAGCUUUUGGUUAACAGGCUUCUGACGGACCCCGAUGAGCACUUGUGCCCGAUCCUCCACUCAAUGAUGGAGCAUCCGGCUGUAGCAGAGGAUGGCUUCACGUACGAGCAGAAGGCCAUUGAAGAGGCCUUGCAGUAUCGCCACCGGAGCCCGAAGACCAAUAUGCCCAUGGGGACAAACAUCAUCCCGAAUCGAGACAAGAAAACUGCCAUCAUCAACUACAAGGAGCAAACCGUCCUGGAGAUCAUCUCAGUUGCUCCACGGGUCAGCAGCUACUACGCAGGCAAGCUGCUGCAGAAGGCCGAGAGCUUUGUUCGACCGGAGCUCCCGGACAGGACCGCGAGAGCAACGCUGCUCCAGCUCUUGCGGCUGAAGGCAGGCCGAGUUGUGGAGCAGCGCCGCGACGCGGUGUCCGAACUGCUCAGCAUUCUCAGUGGCUGGGAAGAUUCCGAGACCGUCAUGUACUUGCUUCAGAAUUUCGAGGCAUAUGGGUUGCAGUCGCACCUGAGUCAGUGCGACGACAGGAUGGUUGCCAAACUGCAGGCAGCAGCACGCAUCCCUCCGACCUUGCCGUGCCAUGGCACCCUCGACUGGGAGCAUGGUCGCAGGCUCCUGGCCAAAGCGCGAACCGCUGAUGGCGCCCAAGCUUUGUGGCAGUUCGUGCUCCCACUGAGCACGGGAGGUGAUCCUGGAGAUUGGAUGGAUACUGCAGCUUUGGUGCUGGCGGCAGUCCAUGAUGCUGCUCAGGUGGAUUUGGCAGCCCUGCCGGAUGAUCUGCUUCAGAAGGCCAAAUCGUUUCUGCAAGACGAGCCAGCAGCAUCAGCUCGUGCGAGCGAGCUCUUCGACAGUGAGUUGAACUGGGGCAGCGACCAAGAUCGCAGCAGGUUUUUGGUCACGUUGCUCUUCGAACUAUCCAAGAGAUGUCCGGAAGAAGGCGUGGCCCAGAGCGUCAUGCGGGAAGCCAUGCAACUACUCCUGCAGCUGGAGCCUUCUUCUAUCCUCGCACUUGCAAAGCAGGUUGCUGCAGAUGGUCGAGCUGUGGAGGCCGCGCAGGUUGGUGUGGCAGCUGCCCAAGCCUUUACAAGUUGCAACAGGCAAGAAGAAGCUUUGCAGGCGUACCUCUUUGCGUACAGCCUGGACCCGAACAACGCGCACGCCUCGCGUGGUGCGGUCGCAGAAGCUAGCAAAACGUGCUCCGAGCUGCAAAAGAUGAACAGGGAACAGCACGCCACCAUUGCGUCCCAGGGUGCCAGAAUUGCAGUGCUGGAGGAGCAGGUGAAGAGCUUGGGUGCUGGCGCCCUUCGUUCCUUCCAGGAUGGGCCGGGCACCACCUUAUUCCUUGGCGGGCCGAUUAUCUUCUCUUGGGACAUUUCACAGGAGGACUUCUCGGGGCUGUCCAAGGGGGAGUACAGAGAGAGCCCGAAGAUUGCCGUGCCAGGGCUUGACCUCAAGGCCUGGAUAAGGUACCAUCCGCAAGGGGAGGAGCGCUCACGCGAUGGAUUUGCGGGUGUUUUCCUGAUGCGAGAUCAGAAGAGCAAGGUCCAGUUUGAGCUGAGCGUGGACUCGAAUACCUGGAAGUUCGACAGCAUUCAUGAUCAGCCAUGGGCUGAAGCUGGAGAGGGUCGAGGAAACGCCAACAGUUUCCGGCAAGGACCGCACCGCAAGAUUCAGGCGGCCAUCCACGCAGUGCGGCUCCGGGGCUCCGACGACCUGACCUAUCGCUUCCAGACGAUGUCAUCUCCCUCCGCGUAG